CUUUAAAAAGAAAAAAGGAAAAAAAGAGACUCGCAGAGCCACCAGCCUUCCAGUGGUGACUCCCCAGGAGUGAUCUCCUCCACAAUCAAUGAGGAUCGCGAUGCUCACGACUCUCUCUCUCUCCUCUGUCCCCUUCUCCUCCUCCUCCUCUCUCGCCUCACAAGAUCAUUUCAUGCAUCUGCAACUUUUCUAUACAGACCACGAAGCAAAGCAAGUUAGGAUUUCAUUCUCUGUAGCCUUUUUUUUUUGUCCACUCUUUUUUUUUUAGGGGGGGGGGGGGGUCAUUUAAAUAAAUACCAUGAGAAGAGGACGGCUUGCUUUCACUUUUCUUGGGGAUGUAAUAUGUGGUGUUUCAGUGGUGUAUUGUAGGUAGGAUAAGGAAACGACAGCAUAAAAAAGGUGUGACAGGCGCCUUGGAAGACAACUGUGGAUUUCUGCGAGCAACUCCUACAGCGUCCAAAGGGGAUGAGGGGGCAUCGACCGGACCCCCCCUUUUGAUUGAUCACUUAUUAGUCAUCCUCUUUGGUUAAAUGGGACCAUUGAAAAGGCAACCGUGGAACUCAUAGCCUACUAAAUGAAUCAAAAAUUCCCGUGUCCCCCCCCUGCAUGUCUUCUCCAGGAGAGUUUUUCUGCUCCAGAGAGGGGGUCGAGCGUGGUUUUAGCAUUAUAAAGAGGGAAUAACAGCGGUGCUUUAUGGCUCUGGUGUUUAGAUUGGAUUUACACAGUUUUCUGCGCUUUGACAUGCGACUGUAAAAGAAGAGAAGCCACGCAACAAACUCGCCGAAGAUCGCAAAGAGAGGAAGAGCAGAGAACAUUGUGGACCUGUACCAAUUUCCUCCUAUUUAGUUAUAUCUGUUUUUUUAUUUUAUUUUUUUCCCGUUUUUUUUUUUUUUCUAAUUAUAUUUUGUUACUUAUCCCGUCUACCCCUCAAAAUGAAACUUUGGGCAUCUCCCUGCGUGGCUUGCUGUGCGGUGAUCCUCCUCUUGUGGUGCUUCGGAUCAGAGUGCGGGACGGUCAGAGAGAACAAGGGGAGAUCCAAGAGGGACUUGGUGCGUAUCAGGGAGGCAGCGAGAGCCGCCAGCUUCCCGGGGGCUUGUGCCACACGCCUGCCCCGGGGCAAGCGCUCCGUGGCCGGCUUGGAGCGCCGGCUGCCUCGCCAGCGACGGCGCUCCUCGCAGGCGGAGGAGGAUGACUCCCCGGGUCGGGGGGGCAAAGCCGUGUACUUCACCGGCUGGGGAGAUCAGCUCCGACUGAAGCCCGGCGUGGAGAUACCGAGAGGGAAUUUCACCCUGGAGAUGUGGAUCAAACCCGAGGGAGGUCAACGAUCGCCCACGGUGAUUGCAGGUCUUUACGACAAAUGUUUCUACGCCUCCAGCGACCGCGGCUGGCUGUUGGGCAUCCAGGCGGUCAGCGAGCAAGGCAACCGCGACCCUCGCUUCUUCUUCUCCCUUAAGACGGACCGAGCGCACAAGGUGACCUCCAUCCACUCCAACGCCCGCUACACACCCAACCAGUGGGCGCACCUGGCCGUCACGUACGACGGCGUCUACAUGAAGCUCUACGUCAACGGCGCCCAGGUGGGCGUCAGCCGUGAGCAGUCGGGCGACGUCUUCAGUCACCUGACCAAGAAGUGCAAGGUGCUGAUGAUCGGCGGCAACGCGUUGAACCACAACUACAGGGGGGCGGUGGAGAGGGUGGGCCUCUGGAGGCAGGCCCGGGGGCAGAGGCAGAUCAUCAGGGACAUGCAGGGGCAUGAAGACCCCCAAGAGCUCCCUCAACUGGUCAUCCGCGAGAACUUUAGGUAUCCGGACCGGAAGUGGCUCACAGUGAAAGACGGCAACUUCCCGAAGCCCGAGCCGGGGAUCAACGGGCGCUUGGGGUACGCGGGGGGCAUUGGCGGCGGCGGCGGCAGUAUCGGCGAGGGAUUUCUGGACACCACGUUGGAACCUCCACCGUGCGGCCAGACGGUGUGCGACAACGUGGACGUCAUCAAACACUACAACCACCUGUGGAAUUUCCGCAAGCCCAAGACGGUGCGGUACCGCGUGAUCAACGUGUGGGACGACGCUCGCAAGCGGCCCACCGUGUUCGACCACCAGAUCAGCCUGCAGCACCAGCAGCUCAACGACGCCUUCGGGCCCUACAACAUCACCUGGGAGCUGAGCGUCCACAACGUGACCAACUCGUCCCUCCGCGACCGGCUGAUCCUUGCCAACUGUGACAUCAGCAAGGUGGGCGACGACGCCUGUGACCCAGAGUGCAACCACCCGCUGACGGGCUACGACGCCGGGGACUGCACCUCGGGCCACCGUAGCCGCUGCCCCGAGUACAAGCAGGGCAACGGGGUGUGCGACGCGGAGUGCAACCUGGAGAACUUCUCCUACGACCUCGGCGACUGCUGCAACCCCAACGUGACGGACGUGACCAAGACGUGCUUCAACCGCUCUUCGCCGCACAAGGCGUACCUGGACGUGAAGGAGCUGAAGGAGGUGCUCAACCUGGACGGCUCCGCCCACCUCAACGUCUUCUUCGCCAACUCCUCUGAUGAAGACCUUGCCGGCGUGGCAACCUGGCCCUGGGACAAGGAGGCACUGACACACCUGGGCGGCAUCGUGCUCAACCCGUCCUUCUACGGCACCUUCGGCCACACGGACACCAUGGUGCACGAGAUCGGCCACAGCCUGGGCCUGUACCACGUCUUCCGGGGCAUCUCGGAGACUGAGUCUUGCAACGACCCCUGCCUGGAGACGGAGCCCUCCAUGGAGACGGGGGACCUGUGCGCCGACACGAAUCCAACGCCCAAGCACAAGGGCUGCCACGACCCCGAGCCCGGCAACGAGACCUGCGGCUGCCGGCACUUCACGCACACGCCCUACAGCAACUACAUGAGCUACGCGGACGACGCCUGCACGGACUCCUUCACGCUGAACCAGGUGGCCAGGAUGCACUGCUACCUGGACCUCAUCUACCAGAACUGGCAACCCGCGUCCAAGCCCCCGCCGGUGCCCAUGGCGCCUCAGGUGGUGGAGCAGCACCCCAACGCCGUCACCCUGGAGUGGUUCCCGCCCAUCUCGGGACACUUCUACGACAGAGAAUUGGGAUCAGUGUGUGACAAAUGCACGGAGGGGAGAGUCCUGCUGCAGUACGCAUUCAAUUCUUCGUCGCCGCGACCCUGCGCUCCGUCCGGACACUGGUCUCCGCGAGAAGCUGAAGGUAAAAAAAAACACCAUUUUCUUCUAAUUGUAAAAGUCUUGUGUUGUUGUUUUAAAUAAUGGCAAAAUCAUUUGUAUGGAUAACUGGUGGCACAUAUGGAACUUGUGUAUCUCAUUGAAGAUCGUUUUUCAGUCAAAAGAAAAAAGUAUUGUUUUCCAAAUCCACAAGCAUGCAAAACAUUAUGGUUUUCCGGGAUUAUUUUUUUUUUCGUUUUUUUUGGUUUUGUUAGUAAGUCGUUCAACAUGUAAAUAUUCUUUGUCGCUGACUCAUCUAUGAAAUAUGCGGGAAUGAGUCAUAAGAGUCAUAACGCCUGACAUUUCCCCCGCCACUACUUUAGGGAGAGAGGAAGGUCGUAUCCCAACGGGUGUCACCAUAUUUUGGGACAACACCAAAAUAAUCCCCGCCCAAAUAAGGCUUUAGGAGCAACAUAGUUCUCAU